AUGAAGAAACGACAUAAUAAAUCCAAAACAUUUGCAUUCUCUGAGUCAUCAAAACAACGUUCUACGAAGAUUGUCCUGAGAAAAAUACUCAUCAGCGGUGUAACUUGUUUUGGUGGUGGCGUUUUCCUUGCUGCUUGCUUAUUAGAUCUUCUACCUGACGUUAUCCAUCACAUCGAUGCAACUUUGAAAAACGAGUUCAAAUAUGAUAAUCCAAAGGAAUAUCCUAUUGCUGAAAUACUUAUCACGUGUGGCUUUUUCAUUGUUCUCUUUAUUGAACAAAUCACUUUGUCCAUUCGGUCACCAACAGCAAGUUUAACUCCAAUAUUUCGUGAAACACCUUCUCUUACUGUUUCGGAAAAGACACAUAUCGAAAGAGAUGGUGAGAAAAAUGAACAAGUUUUACUAAUGCAUAAUAACAAUUCUUCAUCGACUAUCGAACAUCAAAUGUCGUUGAUGAGCCCCAAAUGUGAUACAACCAGAAAUGCAAACGAUCUACUAAUUACCCGAAAUUUACUUAUGAUAUUGUCACUUGUUAUUCAUUCCGUGUUUGAAGGUAUCGCCAUUGGUUCAUUGACGGAUUCUCAAACAAUUAUACAACUAUCUCUUGCUAUACUGAUUCAUAAAUCAAUUAUUUCAUUUAGUGUUGGUCUUAAAUUGCUACCCACAUCAAAAACCCGAUCGGCCUAUCUCGCCUGUGUUAUUUUUGCUGCUGCAACACCUACAGGUAUAUUAACUAUGUUAAGUAUGCAAGGAAUUUUGCCAAAUCAUCGUUCGACUAAACUUGUCAACGACUGUCUUCGUGCUUUUGCAUGUGGUACAUUUUUCUACAUAACAUUUUUCGAUGUCUUACCUCAUGAGCUCAAUAGUACAUCAAUACCAGCAGGAUCAUCGUCCAUAUCAAAAUUACAACGACUGAUCAAGACAUGUUUUAUACUUAUCGGUUUUGCUGCCACUGCCACUCUUAUAUUUGCAACAAAGUGA